ACGAUGAAAAUAUCAAUUUUCUUCGUCGUAACUGUUCUUGUGUUAUCGAGUUUGAACACUGUCUCUGCAGGGAAGAGACAAUUCCCGUCAAGAUUCCGAGAUAUUAUAUGUCGUAGAUGUUGGCAGAGAAUGUUUUCACAUUGUAAAGGAGGGGUUAGAAUGGUCAAGAGAAGUGUCGAUGACACGAAUCAAUUUAAAGAACUGGAUGCAAAAUUGAAGAUGUCAAAGGACACAACUGAACGCAAUUGGUUGUCUAGGGUCAGAAGAGAUGUUAAUUCACGCCGAAAGAGGGGGUCAGCUCGACGUCAUAUUAGAAUUCGCAUAAAGAGUUGCCAAGUUUGUCAAGAACUUUGUUUUUAAUGACGGAGAUAGUUGAUAAAUUGGUAAAAAUCGGCAUUAUAACAAAGAAUGAUGUCUGCCGGGUGCUGCAAAAAUGGAAGCGAAUUCAAACAUCAUUAUAUAAAGAAUAUAUUUAGAUGUGCGGAAAAUGGACAAGGGAUCGAAUUCUGGUGAAGUAGAAGAACGAUACAACACACAAAAUGUUUUAAAUGGAAUGUUUCAGACUUUUGCUGGCUAGCAGCCGCUAAUAUUUAUUCAAGUUCACGUGAAUUUUAAUAAAGACCCGUCUUCU